UCAGAAUUUAUUUAGAAUUGCAAAUGAAAAAACUACAUUUUCUGAUGCAUUUAAACUUGCUGAUAAUGUUCUGCACAUUGGCAUCAGAGGAGUAACUGACUUGAUGGUCAUGCCAGGGCUUAUCAAUCUUGACUUCGCUGAUAUAGAAACAGUAAUGAGCGAGAUGGGCAAAGCGAUGAUCGGCACCGGAGAGGCAGAAGGAGAAGAUAGAGCAAUUAGUGCUGCAGAGGCUGCAAUAUCUAAUCCAUUGCUUGAUAAUGUAUCAAUGAAAGGUGCGCAAGGAAUAUUAAUUAACAUUACUGGUGGCGGAGAUAUGACUCUGUUUGAAGUUGAUGCUGCAGCCAAUAGAGUGCGUGAAGAAGUAGAUGAAAAUGCAAAUAUAAUAUUUGGUGCUACUUUUGAUCAAGCGAUGGAGGGAAGAGUUAGAGUUUCUGUUCUUGCAACUGGCAUUGAUGGUCGCAAUAAUAAAUCAGAAACUUCACCUAUAAGUCAGAGCGAAGACUCAGAGAAAGAGAAAUUUAAGUGGCCAUAUAGUCAAAGUGAAAGUACACAAGACAAAACACUGGAAACAAAACCAGCUGAACAGGUAAGCGAAGGAGCUAAGUGGGGCAGCAAUAUCUAUGAUAUACCAGCUUACUUAAGAAGAAAAAAAUAAUGCAAUUUUGGCUACUUAAGUCAGAGCCAAGUGAAUACUCAUGGCAAAAAAUGGAAAAGGAGCAGGUAGUUGAGUGGGAUGGUGUGCGCAAUUAUCAAGCUCAAAAUUACAUGAAAAUUAUGAAAGCAAGCGAUCUUGCGUUUUUUUAUCAUACAGGUAAAGAGAAAGCAAUACUUGGAAUCGUUGAAGUAUUUAAAGAGUAUUAUCAUGUUAAUGAUCCCAAGUUCGGAUUAGUGAAUGUAAAGUUUUUGAAACCUUUAAAUAACCAAGUAACGUUAAAUAAUAUAAAACAAAACCCACUUUUGAAAAAUAUGACUAUAUUAAAACAACCACGUUUAUCAAUUGCCCCAGUUUCGGAAAUUGAAUGGAAUGAAAUAAUAAGGAUGAGUGAUGUGUAAUACCUGUCAUUUCAGUUCCUAAAUGAUGUCAUCUCAGCACACAACGCACAGCUGUAUGAAUAUUUGUCUCGAAGGCAGUGCAUUAAACGUUAUAGCCGAUUUUGCAUCAAACACAAAGGUGUCAUUCCAGUGCUUGACACUGGAAUCCAGCCUUAAUGCAACCACAUUAAAGCCGUUGUGUUUUAAUAUAAGAUUAGCUACUUUUAUAUUCACUAACUUGAUGUCUAAUCAAAAUUCCUGGAUCCCAGUGCCUAGACACUGGGAUGACAUCCUUCUAGUGUACAAUAUUCGUACAGUUGUGUACAUGACACAAGGGUCUAUAACUCUUCUUUUUUGGAUUCCAGUGUCAGCUAUUUGCAUGACACCCUUACUGAUGUGUCACUCAUGUUAGAAGUAAAUAUUCUUGACAAGAAAUGGUGCAGCAUUAUAGAAAAUCCUAAAAAUUUUGUAUUAGGUGUCAUCAAUGCUUCUCUAAAAGAAUUAAAAAUAGACCACUAUAAACCAAAUAUAUCAAUAGCUCUGGCUGAUGAUGACUUGCUACAUCAACUUAAUUUAAAAUUUAGAGAAAUGGAUAAGCCAACUAACGUACUAUCAUUUCCGUAUGAACAAUUGUCUAAUGAGUGCGAUUUAGGAGACAUAGCAAUUUCAAUAGACACAAUAAAAAGAGAAUCGCAUGAGUAUUAUAUACCCAUUCUUGCUCACAUUGCACACAUGUUAGUGCAUGGAUUACUGCAUUUACUUGGUUAUGAUCACCAAAAAAAAGAUGAAGAAAUUAUAAUGAAAAAUCUAGAAAGAGAGAUUUUAGCUUCGCUUGGCUACAAUAUGUGUGCGAUUUAAAAGGAAUUUAAUAAAAAUAUAGUAGAUGAUAAUAAAAUAUGUUAUCUACAAAGGGUUUUAGCUAUAAACAAUAAAAGGUAAGUGAUAUGGUUCAGUUUUCUUUGCCAAAGAAUUCUAAAAUUAAUCAAAAGGGCAAAAUUUAUCCUAUUCCUGCUAGAGCAAAAAACAUCAGAAGAUUUCAAAUUUACCGUUGGUCUGCUGAUGACGAGAAAAACCCUAGAAUAGACACAUUUUUUAUUGAUAUGGAUAGUUGUGGCCCUAUGGUACUUGAUGCAUUAAUAAAAAUAAAGGAUGAAAUAGAUUCGACUUUAACUUUCAGACGUUCUUGUAGAGAAGGCAUAUGUGGAUCUUGUGCCAUGAAUAUUGACGGAACCAAUACUCUUGCAUGUACUAGAUCUAUACAUGAUAUAAAAGGUGACGUAAAAAUAUAUCCAUUACCUCACAUGUAUGUAAUAAAGGACCUAGUCUCGGAUUUGAGCCAAUUUUAUGAGCAAUACAAAUCAAUUAAACCUUGGUUACAAGCAGAUAAGCCUGCCCUACCAAAUAAAGAAUACUCUCAAUCUUCUGAAGAUAGAAAAAAAUUAGAUGGCUUGUCCGACUGUAUAUUAUGUGCUUGCUGUUCGACUGGUUGCCCAAGCUACUGGUGGAAUAGUGAUAAAUUUUUAGGACCAGCAAUACUAUUACAAGCUUACAGAUGGAUUGCUGACAGCCGUGAUAAUAAGACAGGUGAAAGACUUGAUGUUUUAAACGACCCAUUCAAGUUGUAUCGUUGUCAUGCAAUAAUGAAUUGCACAAAAACUUGUCCUAAAGGACUUAAUCCAGCAAGAGCAAUAGCGAAAGUAAAACAGCUCAUGGUAGAGAGAGAAGGAGUUUAAGUAUUAUCUUUUGCAUUCUUCGUAAGAGAACAGCAAACCUUCCGAAGCGUAGGGUAUUGUUAAUACCCUGAACGCUUUUCCGUUUGUGAAGUGCAUCGUAUCAUCGUACGAUUCAAAUAAUUUUUUGAACAACUCAUGUCUUUGGUUACUAAUAGUUUGAAAAUCCUCUUUUUCUAAAAGCUUUUUAGAUUCGAAGAGGUAAAGCAUAACUUCGUGAUAAGUUGGGUAAGAUGCCAAAAAUUUUGGGUCAAAUUGAAAGGUUUUUAUAAAAGCAUUAUUAUAAAAUUUUAGCUUUUGAUUCUUACUAUAUAUUACUAUAGCAACCGGUAACCUCUCAAGCAAAUUUUUCUGUGUAGCUAAAUCACUGUUUAAUUCAGUAUAUAAUUUCUCUGCAUCACU